UGUUAAUGCGGUAGUUCAUCAGACUACUCUGUUUAGUACGUGGGGCUCCUCGGUCGGACCCAAUCUCACCGGAAGUUCUUCCGGAAACGAGAGAUCAUUACUAAACAAGCUUGAAAGUGUGUCUGAUGAAGUUCUGGCGUCAAUUAUGGCACUCCAACAAGACGAUGACUUUGAUAACGAGAUGUCAGAGGCAACCGGUGUUGGACAAGACAAGAAACAGUUGAAUGAAUUUGGAUCAAUGAGAGAAAGGCCCAGAGAAGUUAUCGACGGUUUUGACGAGAAGGAAGGUGCUAUAUGGAUUUACCCUGUCAAUUACCCGUUGAGAGACUAUCAAUACAACAUUGUUCAAAAAGCGUUAUUUAAUAACACUCUUGUCAGUCUGCCAACUGGGCUGGGAAAGACUUUCAUUGCUGCUGUAGUGAUGUUCAACUUCUAUCGAUGGUAUCCUAAGAGAAAGAUCGUCUUUAUGGCGCCGUCAAAACCAUUGGUUGCUCAGCAGAUUGAAGCUUGUUUUAAAGUGAUGGGAAUACCACAAUCAGACAUGUGUGAAAUGACAGGCCAUAUGCAGCCAAUUCGGAGGGAGAGUGAGUGGCAGAAUAAACGAGUAUUUUUCCUCACACCACAGGUAGUGCAGAAUGACCUCGGUCGAGGGUCAUGUUCUGCUGUGGAUAUUGUGUGUGUUGUCGUGGACGAGGCUCAUCGUGCACUCGGAAACCAUGCAUACUGUCAGGUUAUGAGAGAGUUGGCAAAUUUCACAACAAAUUUCAGAGUCCUGGCACUUAGUGCAACACCAGGAGACAAUGUUAAGAUGGUUCAAAAUGUUGUCACCAACUUGAUGAUUUCUCAUGUUGAGUUACGCUCGGAAGAGUCACUUGAUCUGCAGCCCUACAUUCACAAGCGAAAAGAGGAGAAAGUUGUAGUGAAACUAGGAGAAGAACUAACACGAUUAAAAGACAGAUUUCUAGAGAUUGUUGCUGUGAGCAUCAAACGACUUGUUUCUAAUGGAGCUCUCUACAGUAGUAGCCUUGAAUCAUAUGGGAAAUUUAUACUUCUUAAAGCUCGCGAUGAAUUUCAUAGAAGACUAAGCACAAAUCCUACUCAGUCGCGUGGUGUAAUAGAAGGAGACUUUGCUAUGUCCAUCACAUUGUAUCAUGCCUAUGAGCUUCUUCUUCAACAUGGAAUGAGGUCAUUCUAUCAGUUUUUGAAAUCAACAAUGGAUGGUUCUAAAGGACAGUCAAGAGCUCGUGCAGAACUUGCUGGAAACUCAACAUUUCAUGAAAUAAUGGACGAACUGAAAGAGAAGUUUGAUGUUGAAGGGAUCAGUUGUGUGUCACCAUCAAAGUUUAUGAGUGCUACGCAAAGAGGUGGACGGUCUAGACUUUUGUCAAGUUAUGGAGCAACUGAGGCAAAGCCUGAAGCAGUGAAGGAUCUUGUUUGCAGUCAUCCCAAGCUGAAAGUGUUGCGUAAAAUUGUUCUUGAUCAUUUCAAUCAAGUGGACGGUGCGAAAAUAGGAGGCUUGGGGUCUCGUGUAAUGAUCUUUUCUCAGUAUCGUGAGAGUGUUCAUGAGAUAGCUGAUGUUCUUUCAGUGCACUCGCCGACAAUUAGAGUGAUGACUUUUGUGGGGCAAGCAUCGACAGGCAAGUCCAGUCGUGGCCUUACCCAGAAGGAGCAACUUCAAGUUGUGCAAAAAUUUCGUCAAGGAGGAUACAACACAUUGGUGGCUACAUGUGUUGGAGAAGAAGGCUUGGAUAUUGGAGAAGUUGAUCUGAUUGUUUGCUUUGAUGCUCAUGCGUCACCUGUGAGGCUUGUGCAACGAUUAGGAAGAACUGGGAGGAAACGUGAUGGAAGGAUUGUGGUGCUGGUGACAGAAGGGAAAGAGGAAAAAACAUUGAAACGAAGUGAGGCAAGCAGGAAAGGCAUUCAUAAGGCCAUCAGAGAUGCAGUUCGUUCAUUCAAUCUUUACCCACAUAAUCCUCGUAUGGUGCCUUUUCAUAUUCAACCUCAAGCCCAUCAAAUGCAUAUGACACCAGGUGACUACAUUGAUCGUCAUGAACAGAAGAGACAAAAGCAGAAAGGACAGAACAGAACCAUCUGUUACAGAAAUAGUACAAAUAUAAAACAAUGCUUCUCUAAAUGGGGAAAGAAAGGUGAGUUGGGUCUUCUUACAGAUGGUGAGUUAUGCUAUUGGAGUGAGAACUUCAUGCUUCCACAAGACGAAUGUGACAAAUUAUCUUAUAUCACAGAGGAUGUGUUUUCGAGCACUCGGCCAUUUAUUUCAUUGUCAAAGAAAUCUGUUGCCAUAGAAAGCACAGAGCAAACUAUGUCAUUGACUUUGAGUCGACAGUCUGAUAGUCAAAUGACACCUUCACCCGUCUAUCUGAUUGGUCACUCGCUACGUUGUCACAAGCUGAUAGAACUGGCACAAUUUGCAGACAUGUGCAAGGACAGAGAUGAAGAUGAUGAUACAUACUGUUUAGAAAUGAUGACAUACUUGAAUGAUGAUGAUGUUAGUACAGUUACUAAGAAACCUUAUGUGGACUCAAAUCUGAAGAAAUCUGAUGAUCUGGACAAAAGGAAUGUAGCAUCUGACUCAGAUGACAGUGUCCUCCUUGUUGCGAAACAAAAGAGAAAGAAAGCACGAAGUGUGUUUCCUGAUGAUGAGGAUGACUUUGUGCAAUGUCUUCAAGAUCGUCGUUUGUCUGACAGUUCCGAAGAUGAAUCUGAACUUCCAGCAGCACUCAAUCGUUCCUCAACAAAGAAGGAAGUGAGCACAUCUGUAGUUGAACCACGUCAUAAGAACAGUUUACUGUCCAGUGAUCUCAUUUUUGACACAUUGUUGCCUUCUCCAUCUCAGUUUAGCUCAAAAGUUAGUCAUGUACCUCUUACGAUAAAAUCUAUUAUCAGGGAGGCUCCCACAUUCGAUGACACUUUUGGUGGUCUGUUAAGUCAAAUUUCUAGAUCAGAAGUGAUCCACAAAGAUGACAAUUUGUCUAAGUGCAGUGACAGCAGGAAUGAGUUUGGUCAUGCUCACCCAGCUGAUACUUUUAGUGUGCAAACAACUGAAGAAUUAGCAACGAUGGACAAUAUGUCCGAUGGAGGUUUCAGCACCUCAAUCCAUGAUACCAAUGCUACUGAUACUAAUACAGGAAAGAACAUGAGAAAUGGUGACAUAUCUAUCAGCGAAAGUUUGUCGACAAAAUUUUCUACCGAAACCAUAACAGCGUGUGAAGUAAGUGAAGACCUGUGCAAAGUGCAUAAAGCAAGGGAGCAGCCAGUAGCUCAAAAUGUUCGACGUUGUGCUGCCUAUAGACUUCAGAGAUUCCAAUUUGGGAAGAAAAUGAAUGAAGGUCAUCCAAGUGUGUCAUCAUCGCCAGUCUCUACUGCGCUCUCUGUUGUAGCAACAGAACAAACUGUGAUACCUGACUCUGCACCAGAAGAUGGAAGCGACAAAGAGGAAAACACAAUUGAUGCAAUCAAACGAACAAAACGUACUUACAAGAAACUUAAUGUUCUUCGUAGUCCCAAUGUUUACCUUGCAAAUGGUGACAAACAACAAGAAAGAACACAGGGAGGUGCUGAAAGUGAUGACGACUUUGAGACUCAAAUCAAUAAGCCACUGAAAGAGGCACAAUCAUCUGUUAACACAAACAUGACCAUGAAGUCGUCUUCUAUAAAUUUACAGAAACCACAAUCUGAUGUGAAAGCAAAAGACAAAAGGAUAGAUUUCUUUAGAAAUGGACUAAAAACUCGUGCACAAAAGAAAUUAAAAAAGCACUUUGAAAAAGCGAAAACAAAACAUGUUGGAAGAGAAUUUUUGGAUGAAGAAGCAGAACUAUCGAGUGACAAUGCUUGUGUUGUAUCGUCUGAUGAGGAUGUGGAGGACAAUACAGAUGGCUACAUAGCUGAUAGUUUUAUUGAUGACCACACACAAACAGCGGAAUAUCAUCACUUUCAAGUGACAUAUGAAAAAAGCGAGUCACCAGUGGACAUGCAGGCUGUAUAUAGAAGAAGUCUGAUGAGUCCUUCUUGUCAGAGAGGAACAUACAAGCUCGUGUUUGGACAUCAUCAUAACAGGCACAGACUGCAAUAUUCAGACAGCGAACUAGAGUCUUCGUUUAUUGACGAUAGGGAAGUAAAUGAGGUAAGUAGCAGUCAGGCAGAAGAAGACAACAGGUUUAUAGUAUCUGAGGGUGAUGGAAGUGAAGACAUUGAAUGCACAGUUAAAGAAAGAGACAAGGAGACUGAUUCUGUCGAACUUGAGUCACCCAGUUUUAUAUCAACAAAGGUGAAGGGUAAACGGAGACGAAGAGCUGUGUUAGAAGAAUCGAGUGAACAAGAUAGUGUUGUUGCAGAUGAACCAACCAAGAAGUCUCCCAAAGUUUCAUGUGUAGCCACCUCAUCAUCAGUGCUUUUCUCAGGUGAGAGAAACAGGCAGCAGUUUCCUGGAAAGCAAAUCUUAAAUAAUGUGAAUCAGAAUGGGACUCUAUUGACCUCAUCUCCUCAGCCUGCACACAUUGAAUCUACUGCAUCACAUGUUGAAAUAGAAAUACCGCAGUUUGACAUGUUUGAUGAUGAUUUGGAUGAACAGCUGCAGCAGUUGGAUGAGCAAACACUCAGUCAAGAACUAGUGAAACCAGCAGAAGUCAUUCAUCCCUUUGCACCUCUAGUCAUUUCUCCUAUAGCCAAGACAAAAUCACCAAACAUGAUAAAUCAGUCUUGUACACGAUCUGCUCAAUGUGUGUUACCACCAGAUCCAGAGAUGAAUGCAAUUUCAACAUCUGUUCAAGCUUCGCAAAUGAGUGCAACACAUACUGUGAGCAAAGGGACAAAGAUGAAAAUCUUGGUUGACACAAGAGAAGUCUCAACAGCUACACAGACGGUUUCUGCUCUCCGGUUGAACCAUUUAAUUGAUCCUGUUGUCUGCUCCUUGUCACAUUGUGAUUACAUUGUCAGCAAUCGAAUGGGUGUGAAGAAAGUACAUCAGUCAAGUUUGUCAACUAGCAGCAAGAGCUCAAAGGCUGUCGACAGCCUUCGUCAUAUGUUUAGUCUGUUUGAGCGUCCUUGUCUUAUUAUUGAGAAGGAAAGAGAAAAAUCUAGAGAAGCCAAGAGACCACAUAACAGGACUCAUCACUUCAAUAACAGCCUGGCUGCUCUUGCACAGACACACGCCAAGGUUCUAUUCAGUGACUCGCAAGUCAUGACGGCAGCUUUUAUCAUCGACUUAACUGUUAGUGAACAAGAGAAGCAGGCAAGCAUUGAUGCAACUUGUGAUAUUGCAAAGGGAACCAAUGACCCAGUUUUGAAAAUUUUGCUGUCUAUUCCUUGUCUCAGCUUCAUAUCUGCUCUCAAUCUCUUUCGUUCAUUUACAUCUCUCGAGGAAAUCUGCAGAAGCUCUCCAAGCGAAUUGGUUCGUCGUACAGCAUCUCUCUCUAGUCAGAGAGCAAAGACACUUGUAUCAUAUCUUCAACACAACUUUGACAUCGACAUGAUUCCGAAAUAGCACAAAUGCACUCGAGGGAACG